AUGGACAACACGAAGACAUCCUCACUCGAAGGCAGCGACAAGAAACCUUCUCAAUCAUUCGUGUCUGCUUCGGACGACAUCGCACUCCUCAACGAAGUAUCAUUCUCACGGCCAUGGGAAUCCCGGCGGUCAGCGGCAGGACUCGCAUGGGAGAAGAUUGCAAAGAAGCUCACCACCGACACCAGCCUGAGCGCAUUUAAAAGUGGCCCGGCUCUACGCAAGAGGACCGAGUUUCUUCUCAAAAAGCAUGCAGCCAACGAGCACGCCAGCCUUCGCAAGUCGGGGUCAACGGAAGAGUACGAUGUCCGUACUCAGCUACUCACCGAUGUUGCCACGCGCAUAGCAGAUUACGAGCAAUACAAGGAAGUACACCUCGAUCUUGACCGGCGAAAAAUGCAAGGUCUGAUCAACUCAGGCGAGGCAAUUCGUCAAACGGCCCUGCAAUCGACAAGCAAGGAAUUCAAUGGUGUCUCCAGCUCGUCAAGCGACAACAACAACGAUAUUCCGCGUACUGCAACGAACAAGAAGCGCAAAGCCAGCACGGGCAAGUUCUGCUCCAAGAAAACGAGGACGAAACGGGAAUCCUUGGACUUGCUUUUGAGUGGUGUGUCAGAGGGCGUCUCGAAACUAUCGAAAGCGGAUGACGAAAUGGCGGCGAUUCAACGCGAGCGUUUGGAAUUUGAUCGAGAACAGUCUGCACUUGCUCGAGAACAACUUUCGUUUGCUCGUGAACAAGCAUUGUAG